AUGGUCAAAAUUGCAGAGUACCAACGUACUGCAACAUUUACAUGGUCUCAUGAUAAAAUACCAAUUUUAGCUACUGGUACUGCCUCUGGUACUGUGGAUGCCAAUUUUUCUAGUGAUUCUGUUUUGGAAUUUUGGUCUCUGUUGUCAAUCGAAAAGGAUAAACCAAUUAAUAAGAUAAAAGCUUCUGCCAAGUUUAAUGAUUUAGACUGGGGGUUUGAUCCAAAUAAACAACUUGUUGCAGGUGCUUUGGAUAAUGGUACCGUUGAAUUUUAUGAUCCAUCAAAUGAUAACAUUAUUUCCUCCAACUCUACAGCUCACUCAACACCGGUUAGAACAUUAACCUUCAACUCCAAGCAAAACAACAUUUUAUUAUCUGGUGGUUCCAAGGGCGAAAUUUUCAUUUGGGAUGUAAAUAAAAUUAAUGAUGCUUCUUACACGCCUAGCGGACCAGGUACAGCCAUGACUCCAUUGGAAGAAAUCAAUUCUUUAGCUUGGAAUCAAAACCUAGCUCAUGUUUUCUCCUGUGCUGGAACUUCUUCCACGUAUGCUUCUAUUUGGGAUUUGAAGGCCAAAAAAGAAGUUAUCCAUUUAAGUUAUACUUCUCCUGCAACAGGUGUUAAGGCUCAAUUAUCUGUUGUUGAAUGGCAUCCCACGAGUUCUACUAAAAUUGCCACUGCCACAGGCAGUGAUAUUGAUCCAGCUAUUUUAAUCUGGGAUUUAAGGAAUUCCAACACCCCUUUAACUGUUUUGAAAAACAACAAUGGUCAUUCAAAGGGAAUUCUUUCUUUAGACUGGUGUAAACAAGACUCGCAUUUAUUUUUAUCUAGUGGUAGAGACAAUACUUGUAUUUUAUGGGAUCCGGAAUCUAAUAACGGUGAAUUACUAACCAAGUACCCUACUCGUGGUAAUUGGUGCUUUAAGACUAAAUUUGCUUACGAAACACCCGAUAUUUUUGCUAGUGCUUCAUUUGAUAAUAAAGUUCAAGUACUUACUUUACAAGAUUUGACCACCAAAUUUGAUAUUGAAAAUACCAAUGCUGAAAAGGACAAGACUGAAGCCGAUUUUUGGAACACAGUUUCUUCCUCAGAUGCCAACUUUACUAGUGGUCAUGAAAAGCCAACUGUUGUCAAUUUAUAUGCACCAGCUUGGUACGGAAACAAAUCUCCGGCCGCUCAAUGGGCUUUUGGUGGUAAAUUGGUUUACAUCAAAAAUGAUGGCGAUGAACAUAGUGUUGAAAUCACUAAACCAGACAUACCAGGUAUAUUUUCGAAAAAUACUAUGUUGGAUAAUGCUCUAAAGACAAAAGAUUUUAAUCCUAUUAUUAAUAAGAGGUUGGCACAGGCAAUUGAUUCUACAAAUGAAGAAGAUUGGAAUUUAUUGGAAAAACUAGCAUUAGACGGGAAAGAUGUUUUAUUGAAGGAGUCAUUAUCUUUUGAGGAUGAUGUAGCUGAUGAAGAGCAGAAUGACAAAGAUUCAAGUAAAAAUGGUGAAGAUUUCUUUGAAAAUUUAGAAUUUGAGAAAUACGUCCCCAAUAAAGAGGAAAUGUUUAAAUUAGAUACUUCAUCUCCAUUAAGCAAAUAUUUGUGUAAGGGUGAUAUGAAAUCUGCUUUGAAUUUCACUUUAAGUGAUGAUAAGUUUUUGUUAGAGACACUAAUUAUUGCUUUGGAAUCUGACGAUGAAUUAUUAAAAUCCAAGGCCAAAAAUGCUUAUUUUUCCAAAUAUAUUAGUCAAACACCAGGUAUUUCUAGGUUAUUGUAUUCCGUGUCAAACAAAUCUUGUGAAGACUUAGUUCAAAGUGUGGAUGUUAGCCAAUGGAAAUACGCGGCUAUGGCUGUUCUAAACUACAACAAAGAAAAUAAGGAUGAAUUAUUGGUCGACCUAGGUAACAGAGUCUUACAAAGUGGUAAUAGACAAGAUGCAAUAAUUUUAUAUCUAGCUGGUAAUUCGUUGGAUAAAGUUGCUUCCGUAUGGUUGGACGAGUUUAAUAAAUUAGAGCAAGAAAUUAAAUCCAAAAAGUCCACUGCUUAUGAGGCUCAUUUGGAGUGUUUAACUGAGUUUGUCGAAAGAUUUACUUGUUUUUCAAACUAUGCUACUGGUAGUGGUGUCACACUAGACAAUGACUUACUAAUUGCUAAGUUUUUAGAAUUUGUCAACUUAGUUGCUGGGAAUGGUGAUUUUGAAUUGGCUUUGGAGUUUUUAACUGCAUUACCUGGUUCCAAUAAGGAUGUUGAUACCGAGAAGCAACGUGUAUUGAUUGCUUCUGGCAAAUCAUCUAGUGGUAGUUCCAAUGCUGCUGGCAAAAAGCAGCAUUCUUCUGGUGUUGCAACUACCUCUAACAAUAAAUAUGCAAAUAAUAUUAUAAACUCUGGUGCUACGCAUGGGUUGCCCAUUCAACCACACUUUACACAAAGGCAACAACAACAACAACAACAACAACAACUCCGUCAGACAUCUGUUUAUGGUGUUCCUAGUUAUGGCAACAAUAUUCUUGAUAACCACGUUCCACUUCCGGGUAAAAACAGCACCUAUGUUCCAAGUGCUUCCGAUAAUAUUGUUACCCCACCAACCAAUAGUAUUCCAAUGGCACCACUUCCUGCCAGAAAAUAUACGCCUGCUGUCACUGGUGUCACCAGUGCUGCUAUUUCUACUCCGUUGAAUCCAUAUGCUAAGCCACUCGUUUCACCUGCCGUGCCAAGUAAUCCAUAUGCUCCGCAAGUCGCUAGUACUGUUGCCACACCAAUUAGUGUCAAUGCCACUACUGACAGCAACAGUUUACCAAGUAAUCCAUAUGCUCCUAAAUCUAAUGGAGCUGCACCCACUUCUGCUGCUUCCACUUCUUAUUUCUACAAACCACCAACUGCUAAUGUAAUUGCUAACAAUGGUUCAUCUAACCUGAAUGGAUUUAACAAUGAUGUUUCUGGUUCUUUUGCUGCCUCUUAUUCACCUUCACUUUCACAACCCUUGCCAUUAUCUAGUCAAGAUCCAAGAAUAAAUAAAAAGGCUAACGAAGGCUGGAAUGACUUGGCUUUACCAGUUAAAGACAAACAAGUUCGUGCCAAGGCAGUUUCCACACAACCUUCUACACCAAUUGUAAAUAUGCCAACAACGGCCAAUGUUAUUCCACCACCACCAUUAUCUAGAAUAUCAUCAAAUGUUAAUAACUUAAACAACUUUGGUGGUGCUGCUGCUCGUCCAGGCAGGUCUGGGUCUGUUGUAUCGAAUAUUUCUAAUAGUGCUAUUAAUAAAUAUGCACCAUCUAUUUCCCAGCAACAAUUGGCUCCCGUUUCUACGACACCAACAAACAUAAGUCCACCAGCCAAUCCAUAUGCUCCACCAACAAACAUAAGUCCACCAGGUAAUCCAUAUGCUCCACCGACCGGCAAUAAUAGAGGUGGUUCUAUGACAACACCUUUGAAUCCAUAUACUCCGCCCACCCAACAGCCUGUGAUUAAUGGUAUUGGACAGCCAUCAACCAAUAGUGUUGGACCUAACAUCACUACUAACAUCAUUCCACCUCCUCCAAAAAGCAUGAAGAGGAAACCGCACAUUGGUAAAGAUUCUGCGGCUGCCAUUGAACAAUUAUCUGCCAUUCAGCAAGUCCCUAGUGAAACAAGAAACGAGCCUAUUCCUGGGCCACAACCGGUUGUUCCUGCUUCUUUCAUUAAGGAGGAAGACACGAAUAGUGCUAUUGGAAUGGCAUCUACUACGAAACCUGUUAUGCCAGAAGAAUUUAAAACUAUUAUAGAAUUUUUCCAGGCUGAAUUGGAACGUGUUGCUCCUUUGGUUCCACAGGAAUUUAACAAGCAAUUGAAGGAUUCCAACAAAAGGUUAAAGAUUUUAUUUGGCCAUUUAGAAAAACAAGAUUUGUUAACACAAACAACUAUUGAAAAAUUAUUGGAAAUUGUUAAGUUGAUGAAGAAUAAGGAUUAUGCCGGAGCUAAAGCUAUUCAGGUUGAAAUUGCAACUGAAUUUUCCGCUGAGGCUGGUAAUUGGUUGACUGGUAUUAAAAGAUUGAUAGGUAUUGCAGAAGCCACGGCUGAUGCAUAG